AUGACUGUGGAUUUAACACUGACAGUCUCUGCUGUUGUCACUGAUAAAUCAGCAAAUAUGGUGAAAGUAGUGGAAAUUGCUGUUGGAAAAACAGAAGUACCUCCCUUGUUUUGCCCACACACUAAAUUACAAAAUAUGCUAUUAAAAAUAAAAGCCAUUGUGACCUAUUUUAAGCAUAAUUGUGUGGAAAGUGAUGAGUUACGAAAUGCAGUGAGAGGUGAAGCCGAAACAAAACUCAUACAAGAUGUGUCUACUCGGUGGAACAGUACAUACUAUAUGACUUCAGAGAUUUUUGGAGCUGAAAAAUUCGGCAAGUGA